GAGAAUGAAAAUCGCUCAAACUACUGGUAUUCAUGACGUCGGGUCCCAGUUGCCACGAGGAAUGUGGGGCUCGUUUAGGUGAGUAGGUGAAGGCAAUGAGGGGGAGGGAAUCCUUCGACGGUAUUCGUGUUUUGGUGGUCGCCUGCCUCUCUCCUAGGAUGGAUCGGACAGAAGUUUCCCCCGACUGCUCCCGAGUGCUCGGCGCUCCAUCUACGGCGCCGACCGAACUUCCGAAGAAAGACAAAGGAGUGACGAGGACAAAGAUCAGAUUGGAUGCAGCUUCUGGAAGGAUUUCGGAGAGGCGCACAUCUCCUGUUCCGCUCCGUCACCUGUAAUUCGAGAGGAGGUUCUUUUACUUACUGGUACGUCGGUGUUACGAUCAAACUAAUCUCUGUCCAACUCAGUUAAUAGCUCUCAAAUAUAUAUAUACAACAUAGAGCAGUGACUCU